CAUAGUUGAAUUGAAUAAGAGCCAUUUUAUACAAUCUCGAAGAGAUUUUAGGCAUUUUAUUUACAAGUGGAUCAGUACAAUACACUAAAGUGAGCGUGCUGCUGACUUGCGYUCCAAUUCAAAAUUGCGAGAAAGGUUGUAAAUUYMUUAUCAAUAUGGCAAACGCUUCAGUAAAUGUGGAGUCAAUGUUAAAGGAAGAAAAUACAGCUGGAAUCGCAGCUAAAACAACAACUUUUGUGCUGAUUUUAUUAGUAGCUUUUGCGGGCAACGCAACUGUAAUUGCCGUCAUACGCAARAACGCAAACAGACGAAUGCGGAACACUAGUAACCUCUUCAUUGCAAAUAUGGCGAUCUCUAACCUAUCACUGGUAAUAUGGAACGUGCCAUUCUCUCUGUCAUCUAUCCUGAACAAAAACCAGUGGUUUGUCGGUGGUGUUUUUGGAAAAGGUCUCUGCAAAUUCUGCAUGUUGAUUUGGUUUCUCUCCGAGUUACUGUCUUGUGGAAGYCUGUCAGCAAUUGCUGUGGACCGGUUUCUUCUCGUGUUCUUUCCAACUAAGCAUAUAUUGAGUAAGAGAGUUGCAUAUGGGAGUAUUGCUUUUAGCUGGGUCUUUGCAUUUGGGUUCAGCUCCCCCGUGUUCUACUACACCGAUCUUUACGUCAUCCGAGGCAAGCUAUAUUGCUUCAUGAACUUCUUCGUUCAUGACGAGGUUGCAAUGUACAUGGUGGUUGCUUUCUCAAUCUUUAUCGCAACGCCGAUAGCAACUCUCUCGUGUUUAUAUUCCGCCAUUAUCCUAAAACUGCUGGGACAAAAGACCGUUGGAGAAAAUGUAAGCAGUGAGCGGAAAGAAAAGAGACGUAAGGAGAACUGCAGAACAAGUGUCCUUCUUCUGGUCAGCGUUUUGAUAUUUGCUCUUUGUGUCCUGCCGUUUUGGAUGGCAAACAUGUAUUGCUUUCUUAGUAUGAAAUGGCGUUCGUGGGCUUGCUCAAGUAUYUUYAUGGAUACAGCGUUUAUGCUGACAAUURUCAACGCUGGCGCAAACCCGUUUAUCUACUUGAUSUUUAGUCAGUCCUUUCGURAUGGAGCAAGGAAUCUUUUCUGGAAGACYCCYGUAUCGCAAGAUGACGGMUCCUCUCUGAAGUCGCAUUCAAGAAGACAAACUAAUAAAGUGGAGCCGACYCGACAUUCUAUCACAGCUCUGUGAGACAUGA